AUGUCAAGAAAUAAUCGUACCUGCACUGAUUGUAAACGUGCACCACAAAUGCAAUGCUUACAUUGUUCCAAUUAUGUUUGUAUGGAUUGUGCACAGAAACAUGUUGCGAGUGUCAAUAAUCAAAUAAACGUUGCUCAACAUUUAUUUAACACAAAAAUUCAUUUAUUAGAUCAGCUAAGAGAAAAUUCAAAAAAAGGUCUGGAUAAAGAGUAUGAGAAGAUGAUAAAACAACUAAUAACUGAACGUGAUCGAUGUGAAAGAGAAAUUGAUCACUUAAUCGAAACCGAAAAGCAGCAAAUAGCACAGAAUAGCAAAACUCUAUUAGAUAUACCAUUGAAUGAGGUUCCAGCUUAUAUAGAUCAAUUAAGUACCAAAUUAUCAAAGUUAAAUGAAAAAACUGACUUUGUCAAAAUCGCUAGUGUACCGGGACAACUUCAAAUACGGAAAUAA